AUGGAUGCUCCCACUCUGCGGAACCACUCAGCAGGCCCGCCGGGGAGCCGCUCGGACGCCGCCUUCCUCUCCUUCAACUGCACGGUGCUGGCUCUGACGCUGCUGCUGGGCCUGCCCGGGAACCUGUGGGUGUGCUGGGUGGUGUUCCGGACCAAGAGCAUGCAGACGUCCAACAACGCGCUGCUGGUGAGCCUGGCCGCCAGCGACCUGCUCAAGUGCUCGGUGGACACCCCGCUGCUGCUGCUGGCCUUCGUGCGCUCCGGGCGCGCGCGCCGGGCGUGGGUGUGCACCCUGCAGCAGUUCACCUACGCGCUGUGCAGCUGCGUGCAGCUGCUCACGCUGGUCAGCAUCAGCGUGGAGCGCUUCCAGGCCAUCGCCUUCCCGUUCCACACCGAGAAGAGGAAGGCGCGCGUGCGGCUGUGGAUCAUGUCCAUCUGGGCGUGCGGCCUCGUGCUGGCUCUCGUCUCUCUCGCGCUCUCCCAGAGCGCGCUGUCCUACCUGCUCUGCCGCCCGCACGCCGGGGGGCGUGGCGGCGGCGACCCCGCGCGCUCCCCGGACCCGUUCGGACCCUACGUGCUGGUGCCGGUGUGGGGGCUGUCCCUCACCGUGAUCGUCGUGCACUACGUGCGCAUCUUCAAGGUGGUGCGGCAGCACCGGAAGAAGGUGUUCAACCGCGGCGUGCAGCUCAGACCCACGGUGUCCCAGCACGCGUGGGGCUGGAUGGGCGUGCCCGUGCCCGUGCCCGCGCACGGGGGAGCCUUCAACUCCCUGCCCCUGGUGGACUCCAGCACCCCCGCGCCCCCGCGCAGGGCCGUGCUCCUGGUGGCCGAGGUGGACGCGCCCGCGGGGGGAGCCGCGGCCCCGCGCAGGUCCCCGGAGAUCGUGGGAGCGGUGUGUCUGCUCACACCCGGAGCCCGGGAGAGGGGCAAGAAGCGCGUGGAGGGCAGACUGGCGCAGCGCUUCGGGUACAUCAUCAUCGCCUUCAUGCUCUUCUGGGUGCCCAUGGUGGUCAUCCUGCUCAUUAACGUCGUCGCGUGGCGGGACAGGUUGCUGAUCGAGCUGGAGACGUCGGCGGUGGUGUUGACCUGCGUGCAGGCUGCGGUGGACCCCCUCCUUUACACGUUUGUCACCAAGCAGUUUCGCUCUGAACUCAGCAAGAUGCUCUCCGCGCUGAAACUGAGAGCCUGAGGGGGUUUUUCCACUGCCGCCGCUCGAGAGGCCGGCGAAGAAGAGAGACGACAGGUUGUGUAUUUGUGGCAGAUAUAGAUGUUUUAUCAGGCGUUUCACAGUCGGGACACAAGACAAGGUCAUAAAUAAUAUCCAACACCUGACAAGAUACGCACAGCAGUAGUCUCAACAACGACAGGUGGCAUAGGAGGGCAAAGCAAAGAGUGAGGAGAAGACUGGCCGCAGCCA